AUGUGUUCUUCAAUUAAAAGUUUACAUUUCAAGGGUUUGGAAAGCAUUGGUAAUUGUGCUUUUCAAGAAUGUACAUCACUUGAAUCCGUAGUUUUCGAUGGAGAUGGUCCUCUAAUAUUAGGACCCGGCGCUUUUGCAGAUUGUUUUAAUUUGAAAACAAUAGUAUUUAAUACGAAUUUGACAAAUAUAUAUCACGUAGUUUUCCGAAAUUGUGGAUUUACUGAAAUAGAAAUUCCUAGUUCAAUAAAAAGUAUCGGAGGUAAUGCUUUUAUGGGCUCUAAAUUAACAAGAAUAAACUUUUUAGGCUUUUCUUCACUUAAAGUCCUUGUUGCAAAUGUAUUUCAAGGAGCAACUCACCUUACUGACAUUAACCUUCCAGAAACAAUUCAAGAAAUCAAUGAAAACGCAUUUGAAAGCACGAAUAUUUCUUCAUUUGUUGUUCCAAAACAAACAAUUUCUAUUACUGAGUACGCAUUUAGGAACUGCAAGAGACUUGAGAAUUUUAUUAUUCCAGAGAACUGUUCUCUUCAAAAACUUGGCUAUUUCCUCUUUGAAGGCUGUUUAUCACUGAAAAAAUUCGAAUGCAAUGGAAGUGAUUAUUUUGAAGUUGAAAAUUUUGCAUUGUUUAACAAAAGCAAGACAUCAUUGAUCUGUUUUCCGCCAGCAUGUGAAUGCCAGUACUUCUAUGUUCCAACAACACUGAGAGAAAUUUCAGGUGCUGCUUUCUAUUGCUGUUGA